CGUCGGUUUGUGAAGCCUGAACGCAAUGGUCCUGCUUGCCUGCUUGCUUGCUUGUCUGCCUGCUUCACGAGGGACACUUUUGCACUCUCCCCUGAAAUGCAUCACAAGCCACAGGCGCUCGCUGCGGAUUAAAAGGGAAACUUUUACGAUGGACGGGGGAAAGUAGCGAGAGAAGCAGCAGCAGGAGCCGCAGCAGCAGCAGAAGCACGGUGACGACCAGCGAGCAGACCUUCCACUGCAAAGCGUAGAUGCACUGCUGAAAAAUAUGCUCCAGCCGAGCUGCCUCCUCCCCGGCUUCAGUCGCGAAUUGCCCGUCUUCUAAGCAGCUGUCCGAGACGAUCUCCUCCGCUCCGCUCGGCUCGCUGGUUGAUUUCUUACCUGUGAAGUUCGCCAUCCGGUCCUCGACCCACCUGCGAGAGAGAGUCAUGGCUGGAAAGCUGACAACAGCGCAAGGCGGCACAGGAAUACUGCUGGUGACAGCCAACGUUGGAUCCCUGUUCGAGGAUCCUGACAAUCUACAGAAAACGUGGCUGAAGGAGUUUUACCAGACAGUUCAGUCACAUAAGCCUCAUUUCUUAGCUGUGCACUGUCAAGAAGUGGGUGGCAAGAAUUAUGAGGCUUCCAUGUCACACGUGGACACUUUUGUCAAAGAGCUGUUGUCCAGUGAUGCCAUGAAGGAGUACAGCAGAGCUCGUGUCUACCUCGAUGAAAACUACAAGUCCCAGGAACAUUUCACAGCUCUGGGAAGUUUCUACUUCAUUCACGAGUCUUUGAAAAACAUCCAGCAGUUUGAUUUCAAAGCAAAGAAAUACAGGAAGGUGGUUGGGAAGGAAACCUGCUCCGAGACCCUGGAAAGCACCCCCUCGCUGGAGAAGGAGAAGUUUCCACAGGACUACUUUCCCGAGUGCAAGUGGUCCAGAAAGGGAUUCAUCAGAACUCGAUGGGCCCUACCUGAGUGUUGUUUGGACCUGGUCAACAUCCACCUUUUCCACGAUGCUUCCAAUCUGGUGGCUUGGGAGAAAAGCCCUUCCAUUUACUCUGGGACCAGGCAGAAGGCGCUGGGCUACGUUUUAGACAGGAUCACGGACCAGCGCUUUGAAAGGGUGCCAUAUUUCAUCUUUGGGGAUUUUAACUUCAGGUUGGACUCAAAACAGGUUAUUGAGACUCUGUGUUCCACCGCCACCAUGCAGACAGUAAGGACCACGGACACCAAUGAAGUGGACAAGCUAAUAUUCAGGGAAAGUGAUAAUGACAGAAAGGUCGUCCUUCAGCUUGAAAAGAAGCUUUUUAGUUAUGUCAACCAAGACGUUUUCCGGGAAAACAAUGGGACCUCGCUUUUAGAGUACGACAAAGAACUGUCAGUGUUCAAGGAUCGACUGCACGAAUUGGAAAUAUCCUUCCCACCCAGCUACCCAUACAGUGAAGACAGCAGUCAGGGGAAGCAGUACAUGAACACCAGAUGCCCUGCCUGGUGUGACCGAAUCCUCAUGUCUUCAGCUGCCAGAGACCUCGUCUUAAAGCCAGAAAAUGAGGAGAAGUCUGUCGUCUAUGAUAACAUCGGGGCCAAUGUCUGCAUGGGGGACCACAAGCCUGUCUUCCUGUCCUUCCGAAUAACACCGGGGGCAGGUAAACGUAAUGCAAAUAAGCACAAGUGUUGUGUGGUGCAGUGAUGUCGUGGAAAUUGUUGCCAAAGGGGGGAGAAUAUAUUCUGUGAAGCGCCUCUGUGAGAACACAAGGAGAGGAACACACACACGCACACAUUUGACCACACACAUACACUCACACACGUGCAAACACAUCCACGCACGCACGCACGCACGCACGCACGCACAUACACUUU